CCCACAAUCUAUACGAUCACUAGCUAAACGCAAAGUGUGUGUGCAUUUAGACGUGGUACCUAAAUCCAUGGAUGGCACCGGUGCAAGGCACGGCGAGGACUCAGCAACACCAGCGCAGCCUCCUCCGCCGCCACCAGCGCGGCGGUACAAGGGCGUGCGGCUGCGGAAAUGGGGCCGGUGGGUGUCGGAAAUCCGAAUGCCGAACAGCCGCGAGAGGAUAUGGCUGGGCUCCUACGAGUCCGCCGAGAAGGCGGCGCGUGCGUUCGAUGCGGCCGCCGUCUGCCUCCGCGGCUCCCGCGCCGGGUCUCUCAACUUCCCUGAGUCACCGCCCGAAGUCCAGCACGUCCCUGGUGCGCUGCCGACACCCGAGCGGAUACAGGCUGAGGCCACGAGGCACGCGAACCUCGCGUGUCCGGCGGCCAGGGCACCGGCGGUCACCACUGCUAUGGCGUCGCAGCUAGCGACGAGCACGAGCAAUGACACAUCUGCCUCACUCCCGUCCGCUGGCAGUGCCGCUGACGAUGACGAUCUGCUUGAUUGGUCGUUCAUGGAUGCGUGGCCAGCGAUGCCAGGGUCGUCGGCGCCAGGGGCCAGUGGGGAGAUUGUAACGGCCAAGGAUGAUGCCAUGUUCGGUUUUUCGCCGCUGCCGCGCUCGCCGCCGCCUGAAGAGCUAGCGGAGGAUGUGAUCAAGGAUGAUGGUGAUGACCAUGGAUUUCUAUCUGACCUCUGGAGGUUCUGAGGCUAACUAGGGAAUGCAUGGGCAGUAGUGCGCUGCUGAUUAAUUACACGUUACAAUACAAGAGGGGUCGGAGGGUCAUCACUACUUUUUGGUAUUUUCUCGGUAGCCAUGUUAUACGGCUAUUUAUUUGGUUUGCACAACAAGUUAGUAAUCAUCUUGAGUUUACCUA